GACAGCUGCUUUGCUGAUAUUGUUUUCCUGUAUUGGUUAUAUUGUAAAAUAAAAUAUAGAUUUUAUCCGCAGCUGUUUAUUAAUUAUUGCAAAAUGGUGAAAAAUAAAAUGAUUGCUAAGAGCUGCCCAAAGUGUCAUUCUCAGGUGGCAGUGGCCUCGAAGUCCUGUAAGUGUGGCCACACGUUCUUCGCGGCGCGGCGCGCGGCCGACGCGCUGCCCGCCGUCGAGGAGAUGCGCCGGCGCACAAGCCGCGUGUGCCGCGCGCAGCCGCAGUUCUACGACGCGGUGCAUUACGAGAAACAGAAGAAACGGUCACCUAAAAAGAGAUCCUUGUCGCGAUCAAUAGAUGAAGAAUAUAAAAAGGAGAAGAGUGAAUCAGCGACGGCGCGCGCCCGGCGGCGGCGGGCGCUGCGGCGCGCCGCGCGCGAGGCGCCGCCGGCGGGCGAGCGCCCCCGCGACCCCACGCCGCAGCUCCGCCCCGCGCAGCUCGCUACCUGCGCGCUCAUACUGCAGAUAUCUCCAGCGACGGCGCGCGCCCGGCGGCGGCGGGCGCUGCGGCGCGCCGCGCGCGAGGCGCCGCCGGCGGGCGAGCGCCCCCGCGACCCCACGCCGCAGCUCCGCCCCGCGCAGCUCGCUACCUGCGCGCUCAUACUGCAGAUAUCUCCAGCGACGGCGCGCGCCCGGCGGCGGCGGGCGCUGCGGCGCGCCGCGCGCGAGGCGCCGCCGGCGGGCGAGCGCCCCCGCGACCCCACGCCGCAGCUCCGCCCCGCGCAGCUCGCUACCUGCGCGCUCAUACUGCAGAUAUCUCCAGCGACGGCGCGCGCCCGGCGGCGGCGGGCGCUGCGGCGCGCCGCGCGCGAGGCGCCGCCGGCGGGCGAGCGCCCCCGCGACCCCACGCCGCAGCUCCGCCCCGCGCAGCUCGCUACCUGCGCGCUCAUACUGCAGAUAUCUCCAGCGACGGCGCGCGCCCGGCGGCGGCGGGCGCUGCGGCGCGCCGCGCGCGAGGCGCCGCCGGCGGGCGAGCGCCCCCGCGACCCCACGCCGCAGCUCCGCCCCGCGCAGCUCGCUACCUGCGCGCUCAUACUGCAGAUAUCUCCAGCGACGGCGCGCGCCCGGCGGCGGCGGGCGCUGCGGCGCGCCGCGCGCGAGGCGCCGCCGGCGGGCGAGCGCCCCCGCGACCCCACGCCGCAGCUCCGCCCCGCGCAGCUCGCUACCUGCGCGCUCAUACUGCAGAUAUCUCCAGCGACGGCGCGCGCCCGGCGGCGGCGGGCGCUGCGGCGCGCCGCGCGCGAGGCGCCGCCGGCGGGCGAGCGCCCCCGCGACCCCACGCCGCAGCUCCGCCCCGCGCAGCUCGCUACCUGCGCGCUCAUACUGCAGAUAUCUCCAGCGACGGCGCGCGCCCGGCGGCGGCGGGCGCUGCGGCGCGCCGCGCGCGAGGCGCCGCCGGCGGGCGAGCGCCCCCGCGACCCCACGCCGCAGCUCCGCCCCGCGCAGCUCGCUACCUGCGCGCUCAUACUGCAGAUAUCUCCAGCGACGGCGCGCGCCCGGCGGCGGCGGGCGCUGCGGCGCGCCGCGCGCGAGGCGCCGCCGGCGGGCGAGCGCCCCCGCGACCCCACGCCGCAGCUCCGCCCCGCGCAGCUCGCUACCUGCGCGCUCAUACUGCAGAUAUCUCCAGCGACGGCGCGCGCCCGGCGGCGGCGGGCGCUGCGGCGCGCCGCGCGCGAGGCGCCGCCGGCGGGCGAGCGCCCCCGCGACCCCACGCCGCAGCUCCGCCCCGCGCAGCUCGCUACCUGCGCGCUCAUACUGCAGGUUACAUAA